AAAAUGUGGCUGCUAUUCAUUGUUAAUUUAACAAAUGGAAACUGGAAUCACUUGAUCAAAAUCAGAUUGUGUAAAAAAUGAGGUGAACUUCUUUCUUUAAUAUUGUCCCCUAAUUUGCUGUCCUCUGUUGUUGCCUCAGAAUGUAAAGCUGUACAGUAUUGGCGACCCCAAAGAGAAAGCAUGAAAGAACCUUUAGAGUAGAGUUCAACAAUUAAGGCAAGUAGACAAGCCAAAGACCUCUUAAGGAUCAGGCUUGAAGAGAAGGGAGAGUUUGGGAAAAGAAAAAAUAAAGAAAAGCUGGAAGAAGGACAAGCCAUAAUGGGAGACAAAGCUUCGCUUUAUCUACAAAAGGGGGAAAAGGUUGUUUUUCAAAGUUAAAGAUAAAGCCAUCUGUCAUUUUUGGCCAAGCAUCUCAUGACAAGUCCUUCUGACAAGCACUUAAAGAGUUAAAGGUCAAGAUGAAGUUGAAUGGUGGCCAAGAUUAAAGGAGUCAUACCUGAUAUGUCCGUGAUGCAGAAGAUGCUCUCCAUAAUUUGGAUCGAAAGUGGAUUUGUGGUCGGCAAAUAGAAAUCCAGUUUGCACAGGGGGACCGAAAGACACCAAACCAAAUGAAAGCCAAGGAAGGGAGAAACCUGUACAGUUCUUCUCGUUACGAUGACUAUGACAGAUACCGGCGCUCUCGGAGUCGCAGCUACGAGCGCAGGCGGUCGAGGAGUCGCUCCUUUGAUUACAGCUAUAGAAGAUCCUACAGCCCCAGAAACAGUAGACCUACUGGAAGACCUCGUCGUAGCAGAAGCCAUUCGGACAAUGAUAGGUUCAAACACCGCAAUCGAUCUUUUUCAAGAUCUAAGUCCAAUUCAAGAUCACGAUCCAAGUCACAGCCCAAGAAAGAAAUGAAGGCUAAAUCACGGUCUAGGUCUGCAUCUCACACCAAAUCUAGAGGCACCUCUAAAACAGAUUCUAAAACACACUAUAAGUCCAGCUCAAGAUAUGAGAAGGAGUCGAGAAAAAAAGAACCAGCUAGAUCCAAAUCACAGUCAAGAUCACAUUCUAGAUCUAGGUCAAAAUCCAGAUCGAGGUCUUGGACUAGUCCCAAGUCCAGUGGCCACUAACAGUGUGUCCAUGUUGGUUUAGGCAUGUAAGAUUCAUUUACACACAGUUCAGUUUACUUAAAUUAUCAGGAAUAUGAUGUUGCAACAGUGCUAAACAAUAUUUUCUUUGUCAGUUUUCCCUGUAGCCGACAAUGGUUGAAAUUAAAACAGUGUUGACAAGCCACAGAGAGAGAGAGAGAGGGAGAGAGAUUGUCCAUUUGGUUAAAUGUCAUGGGCAGCUACUGAUUUGGUUGUGGUGUCUCUAUGUAUAUUUUUGUAAAGAUUUGCAUUUUUAAUGCUUAGAUAUUUGGUGGUGACUUGAUUGAUCGUAACUUGCAACAUUGUCCUUUUACAAAUGUCACACCCAUAGAGAAAUUGGUACCAGUUUGUGCUGGGCAGUUCAACCAGCUGUUGAACUGGUUCUUCAACUCUAAACUUUGUGAGAAAAAGGAAAACUGGACAUCUGUAGUGCAACACUGGCUGCUGGGAAAUCAGACUGGCAGUUUGUUAACAUGGCUCCAGGGCAGGUUUUGGUGUUCUCUGUGCCCACCAGCACCAGCAGGUUGGCAGAUGGAGCUCUUGGAGGGAGAUUUGGGAGUUUUCUCUUUACCCUGCUGUCUGGAGAGAUGGUACUAACUAACCUUGCAUGUACAACAUGGGCAGAGAGUUGGGCUUGGAGCUCACUCAGAGCCUGUGCAGUUCAUCACCCAUUGGGAUAGAGGCUUCACUGCCUCUGCCCUGGCUGCUGGUGCUGAAAGUGAGGGAAAAACCCACCUUGAAGUGGAAAUUCAGAUUGCAGCAAACGGCAGAGCAACUAAAUACUAGGUUGUGUGUACAUUUUAUGCAGUUUUUUGUAUCUAUUCUCAAUUUUAGUGAGCAGUUAACCAUAAAGUUGCUUAGUUUUCCUGCUGUUAGAUACAAGUAGAUUGUUUCGAGUUGUGUGUGUACAGUAUAUAAGAACUAAACUUUUAUGCCAAUGACUCCUGUGGUUAGUUGGUGUAUUCAUAGGUAUCAAACUGUAGCCAUCUCCCUGGGUUACCAGGCUUGCUUUUUACACAGCAAAAAAAAAAAAGCAGUUGGUCAAGCAAGUCUGAAUCACUCCUUCCUCAGAAUGGAUAGUGGUUUGGUUACAAGUUUUCAUUUUCCUUCAGAACAAAUGUUUGAAGUUGGAUAUGAACAAGAGCUGCAUUUCUAGUUACCUAGUUUAUCACUAAUACAGUAUAUUUAGAAAAUUGAACGUGAAAAAUGACAAACCCAGUGUAUAAUCUUACCAGUAUUUCUCUAGAAGGCAAGAUCCUUUGUUAUGGAAAUGGCUUUUGGCAUUGUUUUUUUAUUUUCUCUUUGCCUUCAAAAGCCACCAUCAAACACUUAAGUGUUCUUGCUGUCUGAUGUCUGUAGCAUAUAAAGACAUUGAUUUCCAAAAGUUCCUUUUUAGAGAAAUGUUUUAGGGUUUGGGUUUAGUGUUUCAGAAGUGCAGAUGGCUUUGGGAUCUCGUCAGCAGAACGUGCUUAGGGGUUGAUCCUAGAACCUUUGUACAUUUGAUAGUAUUUCUAACUUUUUCUUUACUGUUUGCAGUUAAUGUUCAUGUUCUGCUAUGCAAUCAUUUAUAUGCACGUUCCUUUAAUUUUGUAGACUUUCCUGGAUGUAUAGUUUAAAAACAGCAAAAAGUCUAUUUAAAACUGUAGCAGUAGCGUGCAGCUCUAGCAGAGGAAAGUUGUGGGAUUAAACUUUGUAUUUCCUUUCUUAUAGAAGCUUCUAAAAAGGUAUUUUUAUAUGUUCUUUUUAACAAAUAUUGUGUACUACCUUUAAAACAUCGAUGUUUUGAUCAAAAUAACUAAAGACCCAGCUUAUUUUCUGCUUGCUGUAAAUUUAGCAAACAUGCUGUAAUAAAAAAAUGAAGGAAAUACUGACCCACUGGAAUUAUUGUAGCUUUAGAAUUUGACUCCAGAGCAUGGUUAGGGGUAGAGCUAUGCAUCCCUUAUGGAGUAAAAUCCUUACUAUGGUAUUUCAGCAAAGGCAGGAAUUUUUCAUUUAGUGUCUGAAUUAAUGUCACUUCACGUUUUUGAAGGGGUACAAGACAAACUGAGAACACUAAGUAAAAGUUGAACUCUAAUAUAUUGAAUUUUCUUUGCCAUUAACUUUCAUUAUUGCUGGAUGGACUUGCCCCAUAGGUUACAAUUCAGAUAUAUUGUUAGCCAGGUUAUGAAACUAGUUAAAAGCAAUGGCUGAAGGUUCAUACAGAAUCAAAUUUAUAGUAUCACCUUAUCAAUUUAUAAUUGCCAUAUCAAAAGUGGUGCCAGCAGUGGUUCUGUGGAAGGUGCCAACAGGGAUGGAGCUGCCUCCUGGCACUGGUGUUACCCAGCUGAAGGUUCUGCCCUGAAAGACAAAAUUCCUCUGUAAAGCACUGAAUUGCUUUGAUAAACCCACUGCCACCCUUUAUAAGCUGAGCUGUGAUUAUUUCUGCUUCUAACAGCAGAACCCCCCCACUCUUUUCAGCUUUAUAGAUUUAAUUUAUAUAAUUAUAGUCUUCAUGACUAACUCCUGCUUGAAAGGGGUCCUGGUGACUGAGUGGUGGGGAGAGCGUGGCUGUGGCUGUGUCAGGGACCUGCAGGGAUUGCUGUGCUUGAUCCUGGUGCUGCUCCAGCUGGAAUUGGAGCUGGAAGGGUGGGAGGAGGGAGGAGAAAUCUCCAUGUCCAGGCAGAGUAACAAUAACUAUUCCUUAACUGUUGUGUCAGCAUGUCCUUAUAUUGUGUGCCUCAGCAUUUAUGUAUAGCAGAGUUUAAUUUUUGUUUUGAAAAGCCAGAUCAUUGCAAGUAUAAUGUAGUGUCUGCCAGUUCUGAUGGUUCUUUCUUUCUC